UAAAGAUCCCACCCACACGAGAAAGUGAGACCGUGGGACAGUCAGAAGGCAACUGAAACUACUGACGCGCUGCUGACAAGUGAGCAGUCAGAAACCGCCUCUGUCAGCCCUGAAGAAAGAAGAUUUCAUUCAAAAAGCAGCAUUUUCUAUACCUGUAUGCUGAGCAGAUUCAACAGAGCAGCAAGGUGGGAUCGUCUUGAUGUUGUAGGGACUUAACUCUUUGACCAAUAAUACUACAACAAAAAAGACACUUGUUGUGGUGGUCACUGAGAGGAGCCUUGGACCCUUUGCACAUCAUCUGAUGUUUCAAAGACCACAAUGUAUCUAAAGAAAUACUUCACGGAGGGGCUUAUCCAGAUGGCCAUCCUACUCAGCUUGUGUGGAGUGAGGGUUGAUGUGGGACUGGAGCCCUACCUGUCUCCCUCCUGGCAUGAGAUAAUCCUGGGUCCGACCUCUGCACUGACCCAGACACAGUUCCACAACCUCCGCAACCGCCUGGAAGAUGGCCACACUUUGCACCCCAAGAAUGUCGACCUGGACGGGUUCUUCACGGCACGAAGGUUGCUCGGCUGGGUCCACUCUCUGGACAGACUACAGGUCCCUCACACAGAGCUGGAGACAUGGCUGGUCCAGCGGGAGUCAGAUCCUCUCCCUAUGGGAUAUCCAGACCAGACCUCCCCAUUGGUGAGAACACCUGCUGGGGUAGAAAGAGACCGAACUGCCCCACGUAUUGAAUCCAGAGCUGCACUUGGUACUGCGCAUCAAGAAGAAGAGGAGGAGGAGGAGGAUAAAGAGGAGGGAACCCAUCAUGCACUUCAUCAAAGUGAUGUUCCAAAUGAAAGAGGAGAGGACGAGGAGGAGGAAGACCUGGUUGGGAUGCAUAGGCAUUGCAGGAGGACAGAGGGAGGAGGAAGACCAGAGCUAACUCAGAAUGAAGAAGACCAGACAUCUUUCUCCUUCCAGGAGUGUCUGAGGCUGUUGGAGGAAACCUUUCCAUUCACAGAAGAACAACAGUUACAUGAUGCUGGAGGUAGAGGGGGAGAUAUGGCGCAUCAAACCCCAAACACUGAGCUCAUGCUGCCCUCCAUCAUCCCCACUGAAAACUCUUCCUUGGAUCUGGAGCUGCAUUGGCAGGACCUGUUAGCUAUCAUGGAACCAGAGGACACUGACAUUAAUAUGAUGACAUCAUUAGGCCACACAACGAAUUCAAGAGCUACUGGGCCUCUUCAGGCUGUUGGGUCCAGAGCUCCGCAGCAAAGCUGUAACAACCAUGACGACGAAGUAGCGGAAACUAGUCAGGAGGUCCUUCUAAUGGAGAGUCCCGUGCAACAUGGUAUGUUGGAGGCUCCAAACCAGUCAGAACUAGAGACAGCCCUGUUUCCACUCAUCCCCAGUGCAGAGUUGGAUGACCAUAGUUCAGUCUUGAACACAAGGGACACUUUGAAAAACUCUGAUGUGAAUUCCUUGCAUAGUCCCCCAGAUCACACAGAUCUGCUUGCAGAAGAUCUUGCAGAAGACUUCAGCCUGGGAGUAAAUCCAGGAGAUAACUCAAGUAACUAUAACAUAAAUUUCCUGAGUCAUGUGGAUACCAUGGAAGGUAGUCUGUCUUCAGAGUAUGCUCUCUAUCCUGAAAACCCUCCAAACUUUGAUGUUAACUUUCAUUCACAUGAUCUGACAUCCAGUUUCACCUCGUCUCUGUUUAAUGAGGAGGAUGUUGAGGAUGAAGAUAGUCUCGCAAGUCCACUUAAUGACCUAUUAGAGGAUGCUGCGAUCUUAGAUGAGAUUAGAUUGUUGGACCUGGCUCUGGAAGAAGGAUUCAGUCCUGAAAUGGCAGCCAGGCUGGAUGAGGAGGGCUACCUUUACCGUGAAAUAGCUCAACAGGAAACUGGCAAUGAUAACGACCAUUCAGACUCCAGCAUAAUGGUCACAGAAGAUCAGGAUCAACCAAGAAGACAACAGCAAGACAGCGAGAAUGAGGAAGACUCAGACUCUGGUCUUUCUCUGGACUUCAGCCACAGCCAUGCUUCUCCGUGUGCUUCUGAGGCUUCUUCCUAUUCGUCUUCCUCCACCACCUCAUCUUGUGUGUCGGAUGAGGAAAGUCCCUUCUCUGAGAGUGAGGAUGAUGAUGCCAAGGAAGAUUUACUCGGUCCAGAUAUGAAAGUGGAGAUGACCAUAAAGCAAGAGGAGCUGGAAGAGGAGGAGCUGGGGGCAGUAGGAGGAGGGUACCCUGAAGAUGUUAAAAAACAUUUCUCUCCCAACUAUAGGGAUGACAAGCUGUUUGAUGGCUUUCCUUGGGUGGAGCAUAUUGGCCAUGAUCACACAUACAACCAGCCCUGGUCAUCUGCCUCCUUUCCAUCUCUUGGCAAGAUGCCCACAAAACAAACCAAAUCUUCUCUGCGACAUGACAGUGCUAAGCCUUACCACCGCUCACGUUCUGGACACAUCUCUGAGACCAAAAUGUGGAACCGUGAUGAACGGCGUGCACGAGCCUUGAAAGUUCCAUUCUCUAAUGAACUGAUUGUCAAUAUGCCAGUGGAGGAGUUUAAUGACCUGCUGGCCAAUUUCCACCUCAGUGAGGAGCAGCUUAACCUCAUUAGAGACAUACGCCGCCGUGGUAAGAACAAGAUAGCUGCCCAGAACUGCAGGAAGAGGAAAAUGGAUGUGCUGCUGGGACUAAAUGAUGAUGUGUCAAGUUUGAUGCGCUACCGUUCACGGCUGCUUCGAGAGAGACAGGAAGCCCUGAGGAAUCUGCAGGAAAUGAAGCGCCAACUGGGCAUGUUGUACCAGGAAGUCUUUUCCAGACUGAGGGAUGAAGAGGGGAGGCCUCUGGACACUAUGGAGUACCUGCUUAAUUUCGAGCCCAAUGGUGGUGUCACGGUGGCUUCACGCCAACAAAAAGCAGCACUGCCACUGACAAAAGCCAGCAAGAAACAGAAGGACAAGAAAAAAUGAGGAGAUGGACAAGCCAUUAGAAAAAGUAGCGAGAGUAAAGAGAGCCCUUAACAUGACUGUGGUCAUGUUAACCACAAAAAAAAGCAGGAAAUACUCAUGGGUUGGUGAAUGAAGAAAGAGGUAUUCUUUAUCUGGUGUCAGUGGAAGGUGUUCAAAAGUACCAUGAAAUCAUCAAACACCCAAAGAGAUACUCCAAGAAGAUCUGAUUUUCAUGCUGAUGAUGAUGCUGGUGGUGAUGAACAAAAAAACCCUUUACUCCAGGAUGUGUUGUUUUUGAUUAUAAACAUUUUCUACACUGGAAAUGGACUUGAGUUCAACCUGUUGUAACGCUCAGCCUCUUUUUUACUGAAAUAAAUCUACACCAUUGCAUAGCGGAAUGUAAGCAAUGGAUGGUAGAUGACCUGAGAAAUGCUAGUGAAAUGCAUCCAGCAAAGUCCUCCUUUCUCAUAAAUCAACUCCCUCAGAGACUUGAAAACUGGGCUAAAGAAGCAAACAAGACUGAUAGCAGGCUGGAUCCUGGCUGUCAGCUAAUAUAAUCAAAUAAUCAAACUAUGAAGCACCAAUGAAUGGUUGCUGGUCUACAGGAAGGGAACUUGUGAUCAUGCCUUCUUGACCUGACCGAGGUGCAGCACUUCACUCAAAUACAGUUCAGCUGGAUAAAGACUUGGAGUUAUGGGGAUCAAACUUGGUGAUGUUCAUUCCCCAGAUGGUGUAGCAACCACAGAACAUCCUGCUGCUAAGCUGUACCAUGCUAUCAUCAAAGACAUUAGGUACAGCAGAAUAUAUUAGUUGUUGCUUUUGAUCACAGAAGAUUUUUUUCAUUUUAAGAAAAUGACAAAGAAAAGCCAGCCUUAUGUCUUUGAGACUAAGGUAGAUUGAUAUAUCAUCAAGCGCUGGGCCCAUCCCUGUGAUUCAGCUGUGAACAAAAAAAGUGAUGGACAUAGGAACAGGAAGUAUUUGAUGGAUAAAGUGCUCGGAGUGCUGCACAUUUUCCUGUGCACACCUGGCCACUCACUUCAGAAAACUGGUAAAUUUCUCUUGCCACAUAUACUGGCCUCAUUUAUGGGAGAAGUAGGCUGCAUGGAUUUUGUGAACUCAGACUGAGCAGACUGCAACAAACUGACAACAGUCUGAAUAUGACUGUGGUGCUUCUAUUUUUUUUCUUCCUCUUUAUGUGAACUGAAAACAUGACAGUUGUGGGUUUUACCUGUACCUUUAUCAGUUGUAUUUUUGUGUUUUUGUGUAUUUUCAACAAACCUGUUUGUAAGGCUAUGGAAAUCUGACUUUAUUUCAAAGAAAAUGGUGGGAAUUUGUGUCUCACAAAUGACCUAAGCUCCAAACAGAACUGGAACCUGUUAUCAGUCCUGACAUAUCCUUCACACAAAAUUUAGUUAACAUUUAAAGACUGGUAGGUCAUCAUAUAUUUCAAAUUACAGCUUUGACCUUUAAAGACUGGUAACUCUGCAUUGGUUUGUUUCUGGUCUGAUUUGUGAAUUGUUUGAACUUAGCAUGUCACCCUCUACUGGUUGUGCACAGAAUCUCAAUUUGGUCUAACACACCUAUUAGUACAACAAAUUAAACAUGGCAGCAGUUUCAAUUCUUCGUGCUAAAAAGAUGUGUGCUGCUGGCAAAGUAAAUUUAGAAUUUCUCAGGAAUGAGCACAUACAUGUGGAGAUACCACAAUUCAUGAUGUUUCUUUUUAGGCAAGAAACUGUCAUAGGUCCUUAUUUUUAAAUUUAUGAAAAUCAAGUCUGAACUGUUUACCAUGUAUUGACCUGCAUGCCAAUCACUACCACUGAUGGAAGAAGCUUUUAUCAGUUUGUUGUUUUACAUUUCAUGAACGCCCUAUGUGCUUGCUGGUAUUCAAGGACUUGGGAACUUAAAUUAACAAUAGAAAAAAUAAUAAAUUUUUUUAAAAUUUUAAUUCUUUGAGGUCACUGAUUUUCUCUCUCUUUCAGUGUCUGUCACUGUAGGAGAUAAAGGCCACCAGACAUAUCCUUGUGCUGUUUUCAUUGGAAUUCAGUAUGAGCAGUCCUUCACAGUGAAAAUGAUGAAGCUACAUACUGGGUUUUAUGGCCACAUUUUUCCGAUCAGGUGUUACUGGUACAAACAAAUCAACAUGUGAAAAGGACCACUGACAAUAUCAGAGAUCAGCAUGGGUGUCCUGAAGUGUGGAGUACUGCCUAGAAGAGUAUUACAGUUGGAUCUGUUACAAAGCAACAUCCCACGACAAUAAUUAAACGGGGUCCUGAGAAAUUCAAAAAAAUUCCAACUGAAAUUACACUGACAAUACUAAGACUGGAAACAAAAACAUGUAGGUCUUGGAAAAGGGCACAAAGGCUUGCUUUGAGGAGCCAAUGUUCCACCUCAUUUUUAUUGAUGCAGUUUUAAAUUACCUUUGUGCAACAAUUUGAGCUGGAGAGGGUUCUCACAGUAUCAGGAUAUAGCCUAAAUACAUUUUUGAAUCAUGAAAUAACUAUAGAAGAAAUUAAAAGACAAACCAAAAUUGAAAAGGGAACAAAACAUAGAAGGAAUUCCAAAUCAAGCCUGAAAAUCUCAACAUUUUUCAGAGGUGACAUGACAUAUUUUCAGCAUAAGGCAAUCAUCAUGGUACAAGUCCAUUACUAAACCUGCUCUAAAGUCAUCAAAGAAAGAUCCCAAACCUCCCUUAGACAAGGUCAUAUGAUUAGAAUCAAAGGCAAAUCCACUUUAGAUGGGCGGCCAUCUGCCCAGUCGGGUUGAAAGAGAAAGAGAG